AGGGAAGGGACCACUUGAGCUGGCCUUGGGAGUUCCGUCUGGUGAGGAUCAUCCAGUCCAAGCCCUCGCCUGAAUCCCACGUGCCUUGCUUGAAGAACCCCUGAAGUCUAGACAGGAUCAACCCUCGCCCCAGCGAAGCCAUCACACUUUUCGCUGACUCUUGGCACUUUUUCCUGGUCGUAUUGAUCUUCCCCAGGAAUUCGACAUGGCUUCGGGCGACAAGCUUUCAAGCAUCUCCAAGCUGAAGUCUGCAGAGCUCUUGGAGCUUAUGAAUGCGUACUUGCAGACGCCAGCAGGCGACGACUUGAAGGAUAAGAUAGGACUUGUUUAUCAGUUCAACAUCUCCCCCAAGAAAAUCGGGAUCAACGAGGAGAAAUUUACCGUGGAUUUGAAGUCGAAGAAGGUCACGGCAGGAACAUGUGAAGGGAAACCCGACGCAAUGUUUUCUUUCAUUGAUGCUGACUUCGUUUCUGUCGCCACUGGCAAGUUAAAUCCCCAAAUGGCUUUCAUCAGGGGGAAGAUGCGGAUAAAGGGAAGCAUGAAAGCUGCCCAAAAGUUUACUCCUGACAUCUUUCCUAAACCAGCGAAGCUGUAGCUCCUCCAUGCACCUCAGAGGAUCAAGCUGUUUCGCUAUUUUCUUCAGCCUCUUCUAUGCAGCACGCCCGAAGUCUCAACAGCGAUCAACACCAAUAAAAGUCAUUAGGCAACACGUUCUGUAAGGCAUUUACGUGCCAAGCAGUGCUCCUUGGGUGACAACUACUGUAGGACUUUCAGAGAUUAGGUUUGAAGCUGCUAUUUCUGUCGUGGUCUCAGUAUAUUUCUGUUGUCCAGGAAGGAUACCGUCCAAUGCUAACCAUGAAUGCAUUCAUCAGAAAACGUAUGCUUGACCUCUUGGUCCAG